CGAUUGCCGAUUGUGGGGUAUCAGUGGGGAACGAGUUUCUUUCAUCACAUCCAACUGGUAUUCAACAAGAAGAUGGCGGGCCAAGAUGAGCAGUCGAAAGGCAAGAAGAUCGGUCAGGAGUAUGGCGAGGUCAGACAGGCCGUCGAUUUGGACAAGCUGAAUGCGUAUUUGAAAGAGAGUGUUCCCGCCAUCAAAGCCCCAGUAGAGGUCAAACAAUUCUCCUUUGGCCAGUCCAAUCCAACCUAUAUCCUUACCGACUCCAAUCGCUCACGGUACGUCCUCCGCAAGAAGCCUCCCGGAGACCUCCUCUCCCCGACAGCCCACGCCGUAGAGCGCGAGUACCGUAUUCUCGACUGCUUGAACAAGUUCAAUCGCACACUUGACGCAUCGCAGUAUGGUGGCGACCACAAGAAGCAUCCAGACGCUGUGCCCGUGCCGCAGGUCUACUGCUUGUGCGAGGACAAGAGCGUCGUGGGCACCAACUUCUACAUCAUGGAAUUCGUCGAGGGACGAAUCUUCACAGACGUGCGAAUGCUGGACAUUCCAAAGGAGCAGCGCUUGAAGUGUUGGGACUCGGCCCUCAGCACUUUGGCAGCAAUGCAUCGUAUCCGGCCAAACGAGAUCGGGUUGGAGGGAUACGGCAAGCCUGCGGACUUCUAUCCUAGGCAGCUGAAAGCGCUGGGAACCAUCUCGCACUUGCAGGCAAAGACCAAGGACAAGGAGACGGGCAAGGAGGUCGGAGAAGUCCCAGGAUUCCACGAUCUGGUGGGAUUCUUCAAGGCGAAUCUGCCCAAGGACGAGAACACGAUUUGUCAUGGGGAUUAUAAGAUUGACAACCUGAUCUUCCACCCGACCGAGCCGCGCAUCAUUGGCGUCCUCGACUGGGAGCUCUCCACGCUCGGCCAUCCCCUCUCCGACCUAGCCAACCUGAUGCAGCCCUUCAGCCUGGACUGCCCGCACCCAGACCGGAUCAACGACCCCGCCGAGCUGCAGCGCUCCCUGGAGCGAGGCGAGAUGUAUAUGCUCCUCGGCGGUCUCUCACCCCAGCAAUCCCCUGCACCACAAAAGGAGGAUUUGCUCAAGGCGUACGUCCGCUACGCUAAGCGGGACCAGUACCCUAUCCCAAAUUGGGCUACGUGCGAGGCAUGGGCCUGGUUCAGGAAUGCGGUCAUUAGUCAAGGCAUCGCGGCGAGGGUCGCACAGAAGCAAGCGUCGAGCGCGCAGGCCAAGAUGUAUGCUACCAAGUUUCCUGCGGCUAGUGAGGCGGUCAAGUCGAUCAUUAGGAGGAGUGGAGCUAAGCUGCCUGGCGAUGGAGGGGAAAAGGCGAAGCUGUAGCUUCGGAGGCGCAUGGGAGUGGUAUGUAUGCUUGUUUCCUAUUGCAUCGCUGUAAUGAGAUGGAGUGACGAUGCG